AUGGCAGAAUUUGUUGUAUCAGGCCUUCUUCAAGUGAUUAUCGAAAGACUAGCCUCCCCAAUCCUAGAACAGUGUGAACUGUUGUGGGGUGUUCGCGAUGAGAUAGAAAAUCUAAGAAGUAAGUUAUCAACGAUACAAGCUGUGCUUGAAGAUGCAGAGGAGCAGCUGGUAAAGAGCAAGGCGCUGCAGAAUUGGCUGGGAAAGCUUAAAUGUGUGGUUUAUGAUGCAGAUGAUAUAUUGGAUGAUUUCACAAUAGAAAUGGAAGCAGAACCAAAAGUGGAAGCUAAACGCAAAAAAGUGGAGCUUGGGGAUUGCUUUAAGAAGGUAGGCACCUUCUUUUCAGCAUCGAAGUCCCGUUCAAAUAUGGCAGAUAAGAUAAAGGAGGUAGGGCGGAGAUUAGAUGCGAUUGCUGAAGAGAGGUCUAAAUUCCAUUUGAAAGAGGUAGAACGCGUGUUGGAGAUUCGAGGCGGAGAAUCAACUUACUCAUUUGUAAUCGAGUCAGAUGUUUACGGAAGGGAGGAAGAUAAAAAAGAGGUAAUGGAAUUACUGAUUAGUAAGGAUAACGGAGAGGAUGUUACAGUCAUCCCCAUAGUCGGUAUGGGGGGCCUUGGAAAGACUACACUCGCUCAAUUAGCUUUCAAUGACGACAGGGCAGUGAAGCAUUUCGAGCUAAGAAUGUGGGUUUGUGUGUCGGAUGAUUUCAGUGUGAGUAGGGUAACAAAAGAUAUCUUAGAAUCAGCAUCCGAUAACAAAUGUGAUCUCCAAAACAUGGAUCAACUGCAGCGUCACCUCCGCGAAAAGCUGAGUGGGAAGAAGUUUUUACUUGUGUUGGACGAUGUCUGGGAAGAAAAUCCUGAGAACUGGGAUCGAUUGAAACAAUUACUCAGAGGAGGUGCAAGGGGUAGUAAAAUCAUAGUAACUACCCGUAGUAAAAAAGUUGCUUCAAUCAUGGGCACUAUCCCUUCACUCCAUUUGACAACAUUAUCAGAAGCUGAUUGUUGGUCUCUGUUCAAGCAACGAGCGUUUGUGCAUGGACGACAAGAACAUCCAAACCUCGUAAUGCAUGGAAAGGAAAUUGUAAAGAAGUGUGGUGGUGUCCCAUUGGCGGCAAAGACACUCGGAAGCUUGAUGCGGCUUAAAACAGAGGAAAGAGAGUGGUUGCUUGUUAGAGAAAGUGAAAUUUGGAAUUUACCCGAAGAAGAUAAUCACAUUUUGCCCGCUCUAAAGUUGAGUUAUUAUCAUCUGCCAUCACAUUUGAAGCAAUGUUUUGCCUACUGCUCAAUAUUUCCAAAAAAUUAUAGAAUUGAAAAGAAGAAACUGAUCCGACUUUGGAUGGCUGAAGGUUUCCUUCAAUCGUCAGAUGGAAUUAAACAAAUGGAAGACAUUGGUGGAGAGUAUUUUAAUAAUCUGUUGUGGCGGUCCUUCUUUCAAGAUGUUCAUAAUGAUGGGAAUAUAGAAUGGUGCAAGAUGCAUGACCUUGUGCAUGAUGUUGCAUGCUCUGUUGCAGGGAAUGAAUGCUCAAUUCUGAAGGUCAAGAAUGCAGUGAAUAUCUCUAACAUGAGCCGGGCUCGCCGUCUGUCCUUGGAUUACGAGUAUAGUAAUUGCGUCCUAACAGUCCAGAAUGACAUGAGAACAGCAAACCAUUUGCGAACACUGCUUGUGCUUAGAGGAUGGAAUGUCAGCGUUCCUCGUGAACUUUUGGUACAUUUUAUGUGCCUGCGUGUGUUAGAUUUAAGUGAUGCAAAUGUCACUAUGGAGUUGUUGGUUUCAAUUGGUGAGUUGAAACACUUGAGAUAUCUCGACCUGUCUAUUACUGAAAUACAAGCCCUUCCUCCUGAAUCUAUCAGCACUCUUCACCGGUUGCAAACCUUGAGACUCCAGUGUAUUAAACUAAAAGAGUUACCCAUGGACAUGAGCAAAAUGAUUAGCCUAAGACAUCUUGAAAUCGAUGAUCCAUUGGGUGGAUUGACCAAUAUGCCACCUAAUAUGGGAGAAUUGAAGUUCCUUCAGACGCUGUCAGUAUUCAUCAUUGGUAAGGAUGGUGGAUGUGGUAUAAGAGAGCUGCAGGGCCUAAACCUCGGAGGAGAAUUGACUAUUCGAAACCUUGAGAAUGUGACAUGUGCAGCAGAUGCCCAGGUUGCCAACUUGAAGGAGAAGCCAAACCUUCAGAAGUUAUACUUUUCAUGGGGUGAUCAGAAUAUUAAUCUUCAGUUGGAAGGAAUUGUUGAGCAAACACUCGAAGGCCUCCAACCGCAUCCAAAUCUAAAAAGGUUGGAGGUGAGAGGUUAUGUGGGUGUCAGAUUUCCGCAAUGGAUGAGUAAUUCGUUGCUUUUGAAUCUGACUGAAAUCUCGCUGAUUAAUUGCAGAAGAUGCGAACAGCUCCCGUCACUUGGCCAAUUACCAUUCCUUAAGGUUCUUAAAGUAGAUGGAAUGGAUGCUGUGAAACGCAUUGACAACCAAUUCUAUGGCAAUGUUAUUACACAGGGAUUCCCAUCCCUGGAAAUACUCUGGUUGAGAGACAUGCGUAAUUUAGAGGAGUGGUCAGAAUUCAACGGAAGAGAAGUAUUCCCCUGCCUCAAACAAUUAUUUGUCGACAGAUGCCCAAAGCUCGAGUCUAUAACAGGGGAGCUUGGAAACCUUGCUGCUCUCAAGGGUCUGAUUAUCAUUGCCAGAGGAGUUGCAAAACUCCACAUCUCUCCAUUGGCUGAUUAUUGA